AUGACCAUUUUGACUUCGCCAACGACUGGCAAUGACCUAUUUUCGGGCUGUUACGACGAUCAAAGUGGUGGUCGGUUUCUCGGUCGUAAUCCAGUGGCAGACAGCGCUGCAUUUGUGUUGAAGCAUUCAGAUAUUGUCGGGUUGAACGAGACUGGUAUCAAAGCGGCUGCAAAAUAUAUAUACGAGAGAAUUCAGCUCGAAUCAUAUACACCACGAUCGUGGCGAACGCACCCGCUUCACCUCUGCCCGCAUGAACCAUACGCUCCCGAUGAUCCUUCCACACGAGAGUGCUUCGACUGGUUAUUUCUCAUAUCCUCUCUCAACUUCAGUUUCUGGUCGGAAAAAGAGGGUCAGACCGAUCGCUAUGGUGUGGAGUGGCGUGCAGGGUGGUCCUUAGAGGAGAGGGUAGUACACACGGGCUACUGGUCUUUGGUUGCUGCCGUUGACAGAGCCUUGGAAGAAGGUAUCCCACUCACGGACCCUGCCUUCUAUUCGUCGGAGAUCUUGUGCCCUGAUUCGCUACUCGUGCAUGUCUUCAGGCCAGCAUCGCAAUCAAGUGAAGGCAUCCCUCUCCUCAAGGAACGCAUAGCAGUUCUUCGAGAAGUCGGUAAUAUUCUAUGCACACAUUUCAGUGGAUCUUUCUAUGGGUUCUAUCAAGAAUUUCACCGCGUGAACGAUGGACGAGGCACAGCACUCCAGCUAGUUCAGAUGGUAGCUGAGACGUUUCCUUCAUUUAGAGAUGAAUUUGUCUACGAAGGUCGCAAAAUCUGCAUCUGGAAACGCGCUCAGAUUCUCGUCGCGGAAACUUGGGCGGCCUUCUAUCCGUGCUCUUCCUCCCCUCACCCUCUUUUCCCCCAAGGGUCUGCAAUUCAUCAAUUAACAAUGUUUGCCGACUAUCGUCUACCGCAAAUUCUGCAUCACCUGCAAAUUCUGACUUACCCCCCUUCUCUCAAAAAGCUACUGGAAGCACACACAAUGCUGGCAUCUGGUUCUAGAGUCGAACUCAGUAUUCGAGCAGCCAGUAUCAUGGCAGUGGAGAGAAUGAAGGAAGAAAUUGUGAUGCUUUGUGGAGGAAAGAAAAAUCAGAAGAGGGAAGGUUUGUUGCAAGAUAUCAACAGUGUCUUGAUUGAUUUUUAUCUUUGGAACUUGGCGAAAAGGAUUGAGAGUGACGAAGAAAGUAUUUCUAAAAUAGAAACUAAUCAGAUGCUUCCUAUACAUCGGACCAGGAGUUUAUGGUACUAG